AUGUAUAAAACUUGGCCCCAUCGGGAAGGAAAAUGUAACAACAUGAGCUUGUUUACUUGGAGAUGCUGGACAUAAAUGAUUGUGAACUGAUAAAGAGCAUCCCUUCAGAUAUAGUUCAUUUGCCCCGCCUGUCCUGUCUGGUUCUUCCAAAUUGGACAGAGUUGCCUGAAGGUAUCGAGAAUAUGAAAUCACUGCACUCCCUGCGAGGGCUUGACAUGAAAUCGCUGAAGUGUUUUAUGGGUCUCAGCGAGUUGUUCAAUCUGAGGGAACUGCAUAUGUCAAUAGAUACUAGUUUGGAGUUGCCAAAAAUUGAUGCUUUGAUCUGCUUCAUUGAAAAGCUCUAUAACCUUGAAUAUUUGUUCAUCUCUGGCAAUCCUGCUGAAUGUGAGCAUAGCCAGCAGCGCUCAUCAUCUAAUCCUUUUGAACAUAUUGAGCGUCUUGAAUUGCAAUUUUGGCGGUUAUGGAGAGUUCCAAAAUGGUUGUGUGGUCUCCAUUCCCUGCGCUUGCUUAAGCUGUAUGUUGAAGAGACAUCAACUCAGGAUGUUCAUCUGCUUGGAAAACUUCCCUCCCUCGUCCACCUCGAAUUCAGAGCAUGUGAAAUCCCUGAUGAAAGAGCUAUGUUAGGCACGGGGCUAUUCCCAGUUCUGGAGUUCCUAAAUUUCUGGUCUAGGAAAGACACUACAGCAUACCUGGGCUUCGAGGCAGGUGCUAUGCCCAGUUUAAGAACACUCAGGAUCCGUGGGUCCCACUGGGGCGGCACUGUACCAGUCGGCACGGAGCACUUGUUACACCUCCAGGAGAUCAAAGUGCAUGGGGUCUGCAAUAAUAAGAAUACGGUGGAGACGUUGAAAGAGGUCAAGGACGCAUUCAAGCAGACCUUGCUGAUGCACCCGAACCGCCCUUCUGUUGAAGUUCAUCAUUUAUAG